AUGACAUGUUUUUGGAUGGAUUUGCUGGAUUGUUGUCAGUAAGCUCAAGCCUUAAUUGAUUAUACCUGGUUAUUUCUUUUGUAAUAUAUAGCCCAUUUUUCAUUUUCUGCUAAUUCAUCAGUCCUAUUUAUCCUUCAUAAACUAGCUUUUAAGCAAGGGAUCAAGAGAUAAGAUCCACUAUAGAUGGAUUUAUCUUCAAAGUUCUAUUAGGGCCAAGUAAGCCUAAAUUCUAUGUUCUCUUAGAGCAGAGAAGCUACAGAUAUCAUUAAAAACAUAUAAAAGAUCUAAAAGAGACCUUAUAUUCUUUGGAUAUUAGAGCAAAAUUGCAUUGCUAACAUUUCUUGA